AUGAAACGACAACUACACAGAAUCAAAAUCAUACAACAUAAACAUCCAUUAACUAUGUUAGGUGAAGAUGAUCAGAGUGAAGAUACAACAAACUCAUCUUGUUUUACAAUUGUUCAUACUCAAAAACAUCCAUUAAAUGAGAAAGAACGAUCGGCAGCUAGUCUAUCAUCAAGAACCUCACAAGCAUUUUGGAAAGAAAUAGAAGAACAACGUCAACAAUCAUUAUUAUCAAAUUCAAAUUCAAGUUCACUUCGUCGUAAAAUGUCAAAUAAAUUAAAAGAUAAAUGUAAUCUAUUAGAAACAGCAUUUAUUAGUGGUACAAGUAAUAAAAACACUUCUUUGGUGAUGAUUAACGAAUCAAUAAAAACACCGAUCGUAUUGAAUUUGAAUAGUAUUAUUCG